ACCGAAGAGUCUAAACGAACUUCAAAGCAGCUAAACUGCAAUUGGAGCUGUCGAAGUGACGACAAGUGCAGUACCAGACCUACCUCAGCUUGCUCAGGUGGUUGCAAGGUACCUUGGCCCCCCAGAUUUUGAGGUGCUUCGACGGUUUCCAUCCAAACUCGAUGAUGCAUGCAGCUGCUUUUCUUAUCUUCAAUACACCUCAACUUACCCCAACCUGCCUGCGCCAAUCUAACCAUACGCGCCUCGGAGAUGCAGCCGUCACGAUUCUUAUCUUGCAGGCGGCUUUACCUGUGAAUGCAGGGGCGGCACGGGCUGAUUGUCGCUGAAAGUCACGCAUUUUUCAGGUAUUCGGGCCAAAAAGCCAGCUCUAAUAUUUGAUGCCGUGAGCGCCUGUACUUGGCGUCGUUGCCGCCUGGGCGUCUGUCGGUUCCCCCGCCCCAAGUCUACCCAACUCUUGUCGCCGUAUUUAAGCUCAAACUUAUUAUUCCGGACGAUCAGCACUGAAGUCCACCGGCAAGUGCCAACAAAGUGAUAACGAAUCGGUCUGGCUCCCAGCAGACUUUAGAAACGACAACCCUUUGACUUCCAUCGCCUUGUUUCCUUGACUCAAUGGACUCUACCGAGGACUUCAGCCCAUAUCGUGCAGAUGGAAAAUUGUAUGGGUUUGUCUGUGUUGUGACGGGAGCGUCCCAGGCUGUAGGCCAGGCCGUUAUCCACGAACUGGCCGCGCACGGUGCAGCAUCCAUCUAUGCCUGCGACAAGGCUGCCAGCUCUGAUGCCUACAAGGAUCUGGUCGACAGCGUAGCCAGCCGGCAUCCCAAUACCAAAGUCAUCCCAUACCCGUUCAGCGUUGCCAAGGAGGACGAGACCCUGGCCUUGAUCGACGAGCUUCUCAACACCUUUGGCCGGCUCGACAUUUGGGUCUGCUCGUCGGGGUUCCUCGGCCCGCCGUCCAUCUCGGACACGACCCCAGAUGUGCUUCAGAAGUGCUUCGAGUCCCAGUCCCUGGCACCCUUCUUCGCGCUCAAGUAUGCGCCGCCCGCCAUGGCUAAGCUGUGCGCGAAGCAGUCGUACCCAAACGCGGCGCCCAAGGCCCAGGCAUACGGCUCCAUCGUGGUCAUCGCAUCGGUGGCCUCGACGUACGGGGGGUGCUGGGGCCCGUGCCAUACCAUGAUGGCGCACGCCUCUCUCGGCGUGGUGCGCGCGGGCGUGAGCGUCCUCAAGGGCACCGGGGUGAGGAUCAAUUGUAUAUCCGCAGGGCAGAUCGAGACUGGGGUUGAUCUCAAGGGGGUCGACAUGCGAGGAAUGAAUGUCCAAUUUCCUCCAGCCAAUCUUCAGAGCAAAGAAGUUCAACAAGCUACUGUCGGAUUGGAAAGAGCAGGCCAUCCACAAGAGGUUGCUCGAGUGGCAGGUUUUCUUGCCAGUGGCUUCUCUUCAUACAUCACUGGUGCGAAUCUAGUGGUUGAUGGCGGAGCUUCGACGAUGAACCCUAUGACAUUGCCAAUCUAGGUAGUUAAGUACGGUAGCCAUGUGACGCGACUAAUUGUAAAUGGUCUUCAUUAGGCAGUUGCAGUGGCUUGAACUUGUCUCAUGUUGGGCAUGUUUCGUUCUGCUUAAGGUACUUCAAAUAGGGUAGAACAAGAGACACAUUACAUGCCAGGCAA